GAGAAAUUUGUGUGCACAUUAAAUAAAAUUCAUCACUGACCAUAGGGCCUCACGAAAAAGUGUUUCUCUGCUGGUCAUGUAUUACCAGUACUUGUCCCCCGAAAGGAUUAGGGGGUUUGAAAAUUACAAGUAUAGUGCAAUUGAUACCAAUCCUUUAAGCAACUAUGUAAUGCACCCCUUUUGGAACCAAGUUGUAAAGUUAGUUCCUACAUGGCUUGCUCCUAAUGUCUUGACAUUUACAGGAUUUCUUCUUACAUUAAUGAAUGCCAUUCUUCUUGCUGUAUAUGACUAUCAUUUUUGUGCUUCCAGUGAUUUAUAUUUAGAUUGGUCACCUAUUCCUCAAUGGCUUUGGUUACUUUGUGCUAUUAAUCAUUUUCUCGCUCAUACUUUAGAUGGCAUUGAUGGGAAGCAUGCUCGUAGAACAAACUCAUCUGGUCCACUAGGGGAAUUAAUGGAUCAUGGACUCGAUAGUUGGGCAGCUUUAUUUAUGCCUACUUGUAUGUAUUCUGUGUUUGGAUGUGGAGAGUACAGCUGCAGUCCACUCAGAGUAUUUUUUAUUCUAUGGAGUGUCCAUUUGUGCUUUAUUUUUUCUCAUUGGGAAAAGUACAACACUGGAGUGUUGUAUCUACCAUGGGGCUAUGAUAUCUCUCAAAUGGUACUCCUAGCUACAUUCUUAAUUACAUAUUUUAACUCUUAUAAAUUUUGGAAAUUUACUGUGCCAUUCUUAAACAUUGGAAGUGGACAAGUAAUAGAGAUUCUUAUUUACGGGGGAACCUUUGCAAUGUCGUUACCUGUCAGUCUAUAUAACAUACAUUGUGCUUAUAAAAAUGGAGAAUUGAAGCAGAAGUCACUAUGGGAAGCUAUGCGACCAUUAGUGCCUAUAUUUCUACUAUUUGCUAGUACCACAUUGUGGGCAAUGUCUUCACCUACAGAUAUUAUAAAUAAUGAUCCAAGAGUAUUUUAUUGGUUGGUUGGAACUGUGUUUUCUAACAUUGCUUGCCGACUCAUUGUUAGUCAAAUGAGUUCAACAAGGUGUGAAACUUUCAACUGGUUGUUUUAUCCUAUUGGAGCUGCAUUAGUCUAUGUGUUUUUCUAUCAACAUCAAAGUGAAACUGAAGUUCAAAUUGUAUGGGCCUUGUUGUUGUUGUCUGUUCUAGCUCAUAUUCAUUAUGGAGUUUGUGUUGAAACCUUUACAGAAAAGUUACCCUUUCGCAUUGGCAAAUCCUCAUCAGAGUAA